AUGGCGCCAAGUUUCGAUUCUCCCACUACGUUCACUACCACCUUGGACGUAUGCUUCGAUCGCGCGACCCUGUGCUUGGAUAACGAGGCCAGCAAGGAGGGCGUUCACUCCCUGCCGGAUCUGAUUCAGUUCAACGCAGACCACAACCCUGACCAUUUGUUCGCCAUCCAGGAGGUGAAACUUGGCCAGGAGCGACAUCUGGAGCGAGUGACUUUUCUAAGCCUACAUCAUGCAGUCCUCGCUUGUCGGGAAUGGUUAGCUGCCAAUUUUCCAGUUCGGGGAAACAAAAAGCCCAUUGGUCUCCUUAUGGAAAGUGGUCUUGGGCUCUUCAUUUACCUCGCCUCCCUCCUCUCCCUAGAGAGCCCUGUUCUUCUUCUCUCUGCUCGACUGGGCCCAGCAGCCAUCAGCCAUCUUGUCGGGAAGACCGGCUCAGUUGCUAUUCUCACAUCCAAAAGGACAGAGUCGCUAGCAUCUCAUGCAACUCUUGGUAGUCCAAUAAAAAUCCUAAACGCCCCUCCACUUUCGGACUUCCUGACCUCACCUUCAAUCAGAUACGCAGGCCAGCGUCUCCCAAGGGUUCCCUCUCACAAGGACGAGCCCGGCACGCUUAUACUGCACUCUUCUGGGACAACUGGACUUCCCAAACCCGUCUUUCUCACGCAUCGUUACGUUCUGGGCUACGCCGCGUGUCACCGUCUGCAUCCCGAAGAGUCCGUAGGCCGUGUGAACGUCUCGACACUACCACUCUACCAUGGCUUUGGCCUCCUUGCCCCGUGUCUCAGUUUAUCUGUGGGAAAGCCAUGCUGCUUCCCUUCACCUUCUAUCAUUCCCUCCGCCACCUCCACCAUCGAACUCCUCCAAUCUACCAACGCCCUAUCUCUAAUGACUGUUCCCUCGAUCAUCGAAGAAAUAGCAUCCUUCUCGGGAUCAUCGUCUGUUGAAACUCUGCGAUCCCUUGACUUCGUGGCCGUGGGCGGUGGUGCCAUCAAACCCGAGGUCGGCGAAAAGCUGCACACCCAGGGCGUAACCCUGCUGAAUCAUUACGGGGCCACUGAGAUCGGGGCAAUUGCACAUAUUUUUGUGCCAGACGAAACCUACGACUGGCACUAUCUGCGCCUCAGAAGCGACUUGGGAUUGCAGGUCAAAAGCGUCGAAUCCGACAACAGCUUGCACUGCAAACUGCUUGGGUAUCCGUUCGGGUGGGAACGAGCGUUUGAAGUGCAGGAUCUUCUAGAGCGGAACCCAGCUUCCAUCAAUGAUGUCGAAGUCAAGAUACUGUCAAGGAAGGAUGAUGUUAUUGUACUUGCCACGGGUGAGAAGGUUCUUCCGCAGCUAUUGGAAGAGACAUUGAAUGGCAAGGCCGGCAUCAAGACGGCUGUAGUCUUCGGCGAACGCCGCGAGACUGUCGGCGUGCUCAUUGAAUCACAGCAACCAAUUGCUCCUGCUGAAUACCAGGGGUUUACCAACAAGGUAUGGACAUGGAUUGAUGAGGUUAAUCAUCUUGUCGAUCGACAUGCCCGGGUUCCUUCCCCAGAUGCCGUCGUGGUGGUGCCAGAGGGCAAGUCUAUCCCACGAUCUGACAAGGGAUCUGUCAUGAGGCAUGAGGUUUCUCGAGUUUUCGCCGAUGAAAUUGAGAGAGCCUAUUUAUCACUGAGCAAGAAUGAAAUCUAUCUCAAUCCUGCCAAUGUUCUCCCAGGCUUACGAGCCUUAGUCCAGGCUUGUUUGGGUGACCGCAUCAAGACAACUAUUGCCAAUGAGUCGGAUUUCUUCGAACUGGGCAUGGACUCUCUAGAGGCUACCCGCCUUUCGCGACAGCUUAACUCGCUCCCAAACCGGGACUCUUUCCCGGGGCUCACGGAAGAAGUACGCCCGGACUUCAUUUACCAGCACCCAACUCUUUCUUCACUAGCAGGAGCCAUGGCGGGUGAACCAGCCCCACCGCCAAGAUCUCAAAAAGCAUUCGAGAUGCAGGAUAUGCUGCGGAGAGCACUGCAGUGCAUCCGUAGCGCUGGAAGUGAAGUCGUCUUGCUCACUGGGUCGACGGGUACUCUGGGAGUACACAUGCUCGAGAUCCUCUGUUGCAAUCCUCGUGUCAAGAGCAUUAUUUGCGUUAACCGCACCAAACCAGGUGUGGACGCAUGGACUCGGCAGGAGGAAUCUUGUCGCGCCAAGGGGAUACAGCUACCUCUUUCUUCGAGGGACAAGAUCGUUUGUCUCCAAACUGCUACCCAGGACCAUCAUCUGGGCCUCUCGGAUGAGGUUUACGCCAGCUUGACCUCCAAGGUCACGCACAUCAUCCACAAUGCCUGGCCGAUGGAUUUCAAGCGCCGGCUCUCCUCUUUCCAGGCUCCCAUUCAGUCGCUCUCCAACCUUAUCCAGCUCGCCAAAGAUAUCCACACUCUCCGACCUCAUGUGGUUCCCCGGCUCGUAUUCACCUCAUCCAUUGCGGUCACAGGGCGGUAUCCUGGAAGACGGGUCGCUGAGCAGCGCAUGACGGAUCCAAACUGGGCUGCGGCGAUGGGAUACGCCGAAGCCAAAUGGGUGUGUGAGUGUCUUUUGGAAGAUGCUGCGCAGGAUUCUCCAGGCUCGUUUCAACCGGCGGUUGUGCGCCUUGGCCAACUCAGUGGCUCGAAUCACUCAGGGUUCUGGUCCAAGACAGAACAUCUGCCUGCGCUAGUCUCGACAUCGGCAAAGAUCGGCGCUCUUCCUAACAUUCAAGGGAGUUUCUCCUGGCUGCCUAUGGACAUAGCCGGUCGGGUCGUGUCAGAUAUCACUCUUUCUGACAGUCAGCAACACUUUUAUCAUGUGGAAAAUCCUAUUCGACAGCCUUGGGUGGAUUUGCUGACCUCCCUGCGCUCUGAGCUCGACGUGUCAUUGGUCGAGUUUGAGGACUGGUUUAUGCAGGCUCGUCAGACGGACCUGCUUACGGGUCUGGAGGACUUUUUCAACAAUGAUUUUGAGACCCUUGCUAGUGGGCGGAUUAUACUGCGGACCGAUUCUUCGAGGGCUGUUUCUCCAUCGCUGAGGUCUUGUGGCGGAGUUGGCGUGAAUGUCCUGAAGAAGUAUUUGCAGUCUUGGAAGGAUCAGGGCGCUUUGUAG